AGCCCUCGUUGUCGUUGCACGCUCUACAAAGCCCGCUGUCAUGUGACCAUUACGGAAGUAGUUUAUUUAAAAAGCAGCUGCUGUGGGGUUUUCUCGAAACCGACUAAGUGAGAAAAAGGAGACGCGCAGCUUGUUAAACUUGUAUACCCGCUGUUUUCUCUACAGACAUGGCUGAUCUGUUCCAUUGUCUGCUGUUGUUGCUGCUGCUAUGGAAUGUACCUCAAAUCUCAGACUGCACGGUUCAUUUAUUUGCCCCAGAUGCCAUCACAAUGGAGCAACACUCUGAAACCAACGUCACUGUUACAUCCAGUUCUCCCUUGAACCAAUCAUUUGUGAUGCAGUUCAACGUCACCUACAGCUCCAAGUCCAACUACUCCAGUAUAAUCUUGUUACCUGAGCAGGUAAAAAUUUGUGCAGGUGUUGUUUCUUGAUGAUCCUUGUUCAGUUUCAAUGUGAUGUCUCAUGAUGUGGGUCAGGUGACUGCACACCUGCUUGGCAACAACACAGACAGACUUAACAGUUUGUCUCUCAGAAUCCGCUUCAUGGUCAUUCACAGCAACAUUGUGUCAGUGAUCAGUCAAGUGAUUGGUUGGAUAUAUUUCCUGGCCUGGUCUGUGUCCUUCUACCCACAGGCAUGGGAGAACUGGAAGAGGAAAAGUGUGGUAGGACUAAACUUUGACUUCCUGGCUCUGAACCUGACAGGGUUCAUUGCCUACAGUGUCUUCAACAUCGGCCUCUUGUGGGUAACGGAUAUAAAGGAGCAGUUUCUAAUCAAAAACCCAGAUGGGAUCAACCCUGUCACUGCUAAUGACGUCUUCUUCAGCCUGCACGCUGUGGUGCUGUGUUUGAUCUACAUCUGCCAGGCUGCUGUGUAUGAGAGGGGAGGUCAGAAGGUGUCGUGGACAGCCAAGAUUUUGCUCUUGAUUGCCUGGACAUUUGCUCUGGUCAGUCUGUUUGUCGCUGUGGCCAAGAAGAUCAGUUGGUUGGACUAUCUGUACUACUUCUCCUACAUUAAACUAGCUGUCACUCUGAUCAAAUAUGUGCCACAGGCGUACAUGAACUACAGACGUCAGAGCACGGAGGGCUGGAGUAUUGGUAAUGUGUUGUUGGACUUUACCGGAGGAGUCCUCAGUAUUCUACAGAUGACCCUACAGUCCUACAACAACGAUCAGUGGGACUUGAUCUUUGGUGAUCCCACAAAGUUUGGUCUGGGUCUGUUUUCCGUGGUGUUUGACAUCCUCUUCAUGACUCAACAUUACUGUCUGUACCGGAACUCACUGCAGUACCAGACUGUCGCUGGAUUAGAAGAUUGAAUUGGCCAUUUGUGUGCGUGUGUCUGUGUGAAAAUGAAAUAACACAAGGAAUCACAUGUGAUUGAUUAACAUUAACUUUUCUACUAUUCCCUAUCACUUUUUAAAAUAAUGUUUAAAUAUGGUGUGUAAUAAAUUUUCAAGUAAUACAUGUAAAUAUUUUUCUUAAUAGUAGCAUAUAUAACUGAUUGUUGUCAUGUCCAAGAUUUAUACGAGCCAAAUCACACUUUAGUAUAUUUUAUAUUCUAUAGUUUUCCUGUUUCCUAUAUAUAUAUAUAGAGAGAGAGAGAGAGAGAGAGAGAUAUCUUCAGUACACGUUUAAUGUUUUUGGAUUCCACAGUUGCCAUCUUGAAAGUUAGGUGAUUAAUUUGUAAUGUAACGAUUAUUUUUAACUUGAUCCUGCCUAAAUGUUAAAAUAAUCGAAUUAGUAGCACGCUAGUAGCUAGCAAGAGUAGGCUAAGGUUCUCUAAGUGGCCGCCCGCCCAUUAACGGUGUCUGUGCCCUUAGCAGGGAGAAGUUGCUACGUUGCUGACCACUUCAGUCUGAAAUUACCAAUAUUAAAAAAUAAUAAUAAAAACUUAUAAGUUACCUGUUCAGAAGAAA